CUGGUGAUUUACCGCCAGAAGUGUGAGUUUGGGAGAAGUCAGAGCCAGGACGGCUCGCGGGGGAGCCUGGUGAGGAGGAUCUUCCAGGGGUCCGUAAAGGAGAAGCAGCUGGCUUCCCCGGGGAUGCCCGGAGUUGUGGAGGACACCAUGGCCACCGAGAGCAGAGAGCCUCUCACCGCAAGAGAUGGUGACCGUGAGCCGAGCAACCACGGAGCGGAACAAACCGUUGCCGUGAGCACCGAAGCCCCGGUGGUAUGUGCAAAAGAGGAGGAGAGACCCUCAAAACUGAGUAGACCUCCUGAGGAGGCCAAGGAGGUGAAGAGGAGAGGUCUGCAUCGCUCCCAGUCGGACAUCAGCUCUCGCUACUCCAAGUCCUUCUCCGAGUUUGAUACAUUUUUCAAGUACUGUGGCCUGGAGCAGGAGGUCAUCGAGGACCUCGGGAGGGAGAACUUCUCCGUGGUGUCCGACAACGUCUCCUUCAAGAUCCGCAGCAUCAGCGUGGCCACGUCCGAGAGCGACUUCACGAGGCACAGCGGGGACGAGGGGCUGCUGGAGGAUGAACUCACAGAGCAGGUCCCGAGCAGCACCUCCGUGAUCGAGCGAAACGCUCGGAUAAUCAAGUGGCUGUACACGUGUAAGAAAGCCAAGGAGACGAACAAGGCGAUCCCGGAACUGGCAUGA